CGCGGCGCCGAGCGGCUGCUUCGCGCAGGCGCGCGCCCGGCGUGCGUGACGACGUCACCGGUUCUAGAACGUUGCUGUGGUAGCGCUCGGGCGCCAUGUUAGGACGAAGGGGAAGGAGGAGAAGCGCUUAAAGCGGCGGGAGCGGGUGCGGGAGUGGGGUAGGACCCAGGGCUAAGGCAGGCCCCCGCCCCCUCCCUCCCGCCUCAGUGGAUCAUGCCCAGGGCGGCAGCGGCGGCGGUUGCGGGGGGGAAGUGACUGGGCGGUGCCGGCGCAGGAGACGAUGCCGUUUCCAGUUACAACACAGGGAUCACAGCAAACCCAGCCGCCACAGAAGCACUAUGGCAUUACUUCUCCCAUCAGCUUAGCAGCCCCCAAGGAGACUGACUGCCUACUCACACAGAAGCUGGUUGAGACUCUGAAGCCCUUUGGGGUUUUUGAAGAGGAAGAGGAACUGCAGCGCAGGAUUUUAAUUUUGGGAAAAUUAAAUAACCUGGUAAAAGAGUGGAUACGAGAAAUCAGUGAAAGCAAGAAUCUUCCACAAUCUGUAAUUGAAAAUGUUGGUGGGAAAAUUUUUACAUUUGGAUCUUAUAGAUUAGGAGUACAUACAAAAGGUGCUGAUAUUGAUGCGUUGUGUGUUGCACCAAGACAUGUUGAUCGGAGUGAUUUUUUCACCUCGUUCUAUGAUAAGUUGAAAUUACAGGAAGAAGUAAAAGAUUUAAGAGCUGUUGAAGAGGCAUUUGUACCAGUUAUCAAACUGUGUUUUGAUGGGAUAGAGAUUGAUAUUUUGUUUGCAAGAUUAGCACUGCAGACUAUUCCAGAAGACUUGGACUUAAGAGAUGACAGUCUGCUUAAAAAUUUAGAUAUAAGAUGUAUAAGAAGUCUUAACGGUUGCAGGGUAACCGAUGAAAUUUUACAUCUAGUACCAAACAUUGACAACUUCAGGUUAACCCUGAGAGCUAUCAAACUGUGGGCCAAACGCCACAACAUCUAUUCCAAUAUAUUAGGUUUCCUCGGUGGUGUUUCCUGGGCUAUGCUAGUAGCAAGAACUUGCCAGCUUUAUCCAAAUGCAAUAGCAUCAACUCUUGUACAUAAAUUUUUCUUGGUAUUUUCUAAAUGGGAAUGGCCAAAUCCAGUCCUAUUGAAACAGCCUGAAGAAUGCAAUCUUAAUUUGCCUGUAUGGGACCCAAGGGUAAACCCCAGUGAUAGGUACCAUCUUAUGCCUAUAAUUACACCAGCAUACCCACAACAGAACUCCACGUACAAUGUGUCCGUUUCAACACGGAUGGUCAUGGUUGAGGAGUUUAAACAAGGUCUUGCUAUCACAGAUGAAAUUUUGCUGAGUAAGGCAGAGUGGUCCAAACUUUUUGAAGCUCCAAACUUCUUUCAAAAGUACAAGCAUUAUAUUGUACUUCUAGCAAGUGCACCAACUGAAAAACAACGCCUAGAAUGGGUGGGCUUGGUGGAAUCAAAAAUCCGAAUCCUGGUUGGAAGUUUGGAGAAGAAUGAGUUUAUUACACUGGCUCAUGUGAAUCCCCAGUCAUUUCCAGCACCCAAAGAAAAUCCCGACAAGGAAGAGUUUCGCACGAUGUGGGUGAUUGGGUUAGUGUUUAAAAAAACAGAAAACUCUGAAAAUCUCAGUGUUGAUCUCACCUAUGAUAUUCAGUCUUUCACAGAUACAGUUUAUAGGCAAGCAAUAAACAGCAAGAUGUUUGAGGUGGACAUGAAAAUUGCUGCAAUGCAUGUAAAAAGAAAGCAACUCCAUCAGCUACUACCUAGUCAUGUGCUUCAGAAAAAGAAAAAGCAUUCAACAGAAGGCGUCAAGUUGACACCUCUGAAUGACAGCAGCCUCGACUUGUCUAUGGACAGUGAUAACAGCAUGUCUGUGCCUUCACCUACUAGUGCUAUGAAGACCAGUCCAUUGAACAGUUCUGGCAGCUCUCAGGGCAGAAACAGUCCUGCUCCAGCUGUAACAGCAGCAUCUGUGACCAACAUACAGGCUACUGAAGUUUCUGUGCCACAAGUAAAUUCCAGUGAAAGCUCAGGGGGUACAUCGAGUGAAAGCAUUCCUCAAACUGCCACACAACCAGCCAUUUCAUCACCACCAAAGCCUACGGUCUCCAGAGUUGUUUCCUCAACACGUCUGGUAAACCCACCACCGAGACCUUCAGGAAACGCAGCAGCAAAGAUACCUAAUCCUAUAGUAGGAGUCAAGAGGACAUCCUCACCUCAUAAAGAAGAGAGCCCCAAGAAAACCAAAACAGAAGAGGAUGAAACAAGUGAAGAUGCUAACUGUCUUGCUUUGAGUGGACAUGAUAAAACAGAAACAAAGGAACAACUUGAUACAGAGACAAGUACAACUCAAUCAGAAACCAUUCAGACAGCGACUUCUCUGUUGGCCUCUCAGAAAACAUCCAGUACAGACCUUUCUGAUAUCCCUGCUCUCCCUGCAAACCCUAUUCCUGUUAUCAAGAAUUCAAUAAAACUGAGAUUGAAUCGGUAAAAACAACCUCAGGGGUCCAGAAACAAUGUCUGCCAACUCAACCUGUUGUCUUCAAAUACUAAAAAAGGAAUGGAGGGUGCAAGACUAGACAUGACUGAAAGUGGAUUUGAGGGUUUUUUGUGACCUCCCUUACUGGGCUAAUCAGCACUUGAUCGGAAGUCCAGGUUAGUAUGUGAAGCCAGGAGUACUAUUAUUAUUGUGUUAGCAACAGUUGCAUUAACUAUUUCAAAAAAUUACUGCCUUUUAAAAAAAAAAAAAAACCUCAAGCUAUAUUUGUAUUCAUAAUUGACAUCUGGACUGGGUUUAUGUUUGCUGCAUUGUUUGGAAAAUUUGCAAUACAAACUGGCAUAAGAAUUCUUUAUUCUGAUGAUGCACUUUUAUGUAUUUUUUUUAUUAUUAUUAGAAAGUAGAAAUAAUUUUAGAUUUUCAGCUUGAUGGAUUUUCAUUUUUUCCUGAAGAAUUUCCUUUACCAUUAGUCUUCAAAUCAGAUGCCGUUGCGCAGUGGUGUACUGUUACGCUUCAGAGAAAGGAUAAGAGUACAUCUAGGUCAGUCCCUCUGAGGUAGCUGUAACCUUUAAAAUGAAAUGUCAACACUAGGGUAUAUAUUUGACAUUGAAAGCAUAAUUAGGAAAUACUUCGUUUUGAUGGGGUCAUGAUUAAGAAAUGAUACUGGUUUUUAUUUAUAGAAAUGUUUAGAGUGCAUACAAAUCAGCGAUCAGCCAGCGAAUAUUUUUCUUUGAGCUUGUUAAAGCUCCAUAUUCUUUUGCCUUCAAUCUGUUGUCUUUGAAACCAAGCUUUUUGCUCCCUCCCUAUUCUUCCCUCCCCCUACCCCUUUUGCUUGUAUGUGUAAGGUAAGACUUCUUUCAUAAAAAAAAACAAAAUGCCAGUAUUUUCUUAAGCCAUGAUGUGAAACCAGUGACUCUGUGGCUGUAUGGCACAGAACACUAAAUUUUGGUCCCAUGGCUGAAACUUUAGGGUGACUAAAAAUAAUGCCUGUGAAACAUGAUAUCUAUCUUGGAUGGCCGUUUGAUCUCUAAAUAUGAGGAAUUUUGUACACUCCACAGAACUCCUGUCUAUAGUAAAGUUGAUUUUCAAUAUUAAAUGUAGGCAAAAAGGCAUUUUCUCCAAGAAUUUUAAACUAAUUUUUAUUUUUAAAUGGUUGACCAAAACUUGUCAGUAAAUUUUACAUGUGGAAACAUUUAAAAAUCAUUUCUAGCAAGCACUUGACAUCUAGUCAGUUCUUUACUCCUUUUUCUGUUUUGUUUUAUCCUCUCAGUAAAUAAUUCCUCAUAAUUAAGCAUCAGAGCAUUCAUCUUUACAAAUAUAUGAGGGAAGCCAGAUGUUGAUAAACUUAUUCUUUCUUAAUCUGGACAAAGCAAACCUAACAUUUUUCUGGUGAGCAUGUUUUAUGAAUCCUCCAUUGUGCUCCAUUCUAUCACAUGUGCAUUUUUCAUGUUAAACUGCAAUUACUUAACCUCUUCCCCAUUCCCUCUAAAUUAAUUUUCCAAAGUUGGAGUGUAGUCUUUCCCCCCUUAGGCUAUGCAUUAAUUGCAGCUUUCUUUUCGCCAUACUUUGUAGUGUCUAGCACACAGUGUUUUCCUUCCCACACCUUGGCUCUGCACAGCCGCCUUGCCACCCCAGCGCCCGCGCGGACGAGACGGUCAGGCCAGCAGGUGAAGGCUGCAGGGCGGCUGUGUGCUUCGUGUAGCUGAGAGUUAGAUCGAAACCGCCAGGCACAGACUUAGUCUUGUCAUUUUGUUUACACAUUGGGGAAAAAGAAUUCAGUUUAUUAAACGUUUCAUGUACCUGCACCCAAGUUUUGCCAAGCUGGGAACUUGGACCUUUUCUGUGUAGUGACUUUUUAAUUCUAGUUUUCAUAACCUGGAGAUCAGACUGUUGCUUUCGCAUGAUGUACGUAGUGUCUCAUGACUGGAGUUUGCUUUGUUUUAUAGUAUCUGUACUCCUUGUAUUUUUCAAGAGCUAUUUUGUAAACAGAUGAUGUAUUUCUCCAUUGAAAACACAAUAAAAAAAAAAAAAAACAGCACAA